AUGGGAGCUGGGCUCGUGUGCGUACCUGGACAGACUGAUGAAGAACGGUUGCUGGAGGUGGUGGAGGAGGAGGUGGUGGCGGAGGAGAUGGUGGCGGAGGAGAUGGUGGAGGAGGAGAUGGAGGAGGAGGUGGUGGCGGAGGUGAUGGAGGAGGAGGAGGUGGUGGAGGAGGAGAUGGAGGAGGAGGAGGUGGAGGUGGUGGAGGAGGUGUAG